AGUCGCUACACAUCUCGUCUCAAGCACACGUUUCCGUGAAGAUGCAGCGCUCCUAUCUGUUUGCACUCUUGGCAGUAGUGCUGAGUGUCCUCCUAGUGGGCAUGGUUUUCUCCAAUGAAGUGGCCUUUAAUAUAAAUUGUGAUCCAACAAAAGGGCCCUGCCGUUUUCCAGAUGCGUGCCAAUGUCAACCGCCGACGAAGGACCCCGAAGGCGGAUUGAAGGUCUAUAGUUACAACAAUUCAACAAAACAAUGCGUUUCCAUGACAGCAAAGAACGACAGUUGCAACCUCUUUACUAAAGAAAAAGGCUGUGAAUUCUUCUGUGGCUCUGGGUCAGACUACCCAGAAUACUCCGAAGAGAGUGAUAGCUGAACGACAGAAACAGCUACAUGUGCAUUUAACGUCACUGAAUAAAAAUUUCAUUUGACGGA